AUGGUCAUUGAGUACAAGAAACUAUCAGAUCUUCUUAACGAAGUAAAUUUGAAAAACAAAUCUUACAAUACAAGUUUCUCAAAUCAAAAUAAUGAACCAGAAGUUUUAAGAAACAAAAUGAAUGAGCUAUUAGUUGAGAAUGAGAAGCUCAAAGAAACAGUUCAGAGUUUAUCUAUUAAAAAUCAAAGAUUUAACUAUGUGGUUGGUUCAUGGAUUAAGUUUAGAAAUGCUCUCAAGCAAUUGCAUGAGCAACAAAGGUUUGUCGGAUGCAAAUCCGGUCUGGGAUUUGUUGGGGGCAAUCCAACUGAGUCCUACAACAAGUUGAACCCGAUAAAAGACUAUGCAAGAUGUAAGAUUGAUAUGAAAAGCACUAGUGGAUUGUGUCAGUUCCUUAGUAAUUGUCUGAUUUCGUGGUUCAAUAAAAAGCAGACGUCUAUUGCCACUUCAACAGCAGAAGCAGAGUACCUUGUUGUUGGCAGCUACUGUGCUCAACUACUAUAG